CGAUAUGACGUAGAAGUAAAGGGGCCGGACAGAGUUCCGUGAAGCUAACCGGUUGACCUUGCUGCUUACCGUUGACCGAAUACAACCCGCUGCGCAGAGAAAACGCGACAGGUCCAAGUUUACGUGAUAGCUGGUUGAUACCUCUGUGUCCGAUGGCAGCGGUCCACAACUCCGGUUUCAGGUUAACCAAAGAACAUUUCUUGGUUGCCGUGCCAGUGGCCGUCAUCUCGGCAGCUGCGGGCUUCCUGGUCAGCCGCUACCUGAGCAGCCGCUGCUGCAAGAAGCAUCACGUGAACACUUGCUACAGCAAAGACAGCCCCAAGGUGGUGCACAGCUUCGACAUGGAGGACAUUGGCGCCAAGGCCGUCUACUGCCGCUGCUGGAAGUCUAAAAAGUUCCCGUACUGCGACGGCGCCCACAACAGCCACAACGAGGAAACCGGAGAUAACGUCGGGCCGCUCAUCGUCAAAAGGAAAGACGCCUAGCGCACCGCCGGAGACGAACCCGCCCCAUCGUUCGUCAGUACCGCUGUGUUCUCCCUGCGGACGAAUCCAGAACAUGCCAGAACACACUGCAGAUGUUUUUUUGUAUUUAUUUUUUUUUUUUUCCAUAAUUCCCAAAAUUGCCGCACUGAUCAACAUGUUUGAAACGGGAUCCAGGUCAAGGGACUGCGACAGUCAUUGCGGUUAGCGUCGGGGCGUCGGUUCCCGGGGUUGUCGGCCAUGACCGGAGCAGGCGGUCCAAACAUGAAAUCGUCACCACGCUUCUUCAUCGGCACGGCGUUCAUGUCGAACCCAGCACAGGCCUUAUUUUAUCUUUUGUUUGACGAACACGGCAACCCAUAUGAAUGUGACAUGAAAUGUUCAAGUUUGUUUUGCUGCUUCACAGCGCGUGUCUUAAGCGGGGGGGAGAAAAAAUGUUUAAUGUUGAAACACUAUCUGCUGUCUGUGUGCGGCUUCCUGAUCAAACUGCGUCUGAAGGUUAAAACCUUUUAACGGAUCUAUUUGUGCUUCUUCAUCAGAUUGAUUUUUUGUUUGUUUACUGGCUGCAGCGUGGUUGAGUCAGUGUGCUGUUAUAUUGUUAAUAAAACAUGUUGAGUGAUCUAA